AUGGCGCACUCGGAGGAAGAGGCUGGUCCUGCCACUGCCAGAACCGCCAAAGACCGGACGAUGGCCCGGAUCAAUCGAUGCAGUGACUGGCUGCUCCCCAUUUGGACAGUGAUUCAUAAGCAGACCCGUCGAACAAAGGCCGUGGUCGCUGCCCAAAUCACCCGUGAGCUCAUUGCUCUGCUUGAACCCGAACACAGGCCUCCAACCGCUGUGGUCGAUUACUUGCAGGCCGUUGCCGACGCCGUUCACAUGGGUACUAGCGCCGCCCCAUCUGAGGCCGUCCGCCUCAGCUCCAGUCUCGAAGAGGACGCCACAUGCGCCUGUCAGGAGCUUAUUGCUGCCAUUACGGACAUUUAUUAUAGUUUGCAGAUGCUCUUUGAAAUCCACGUCCCGUACCAUAACCUCAUGGUCAUGGGCCGCCCCAUCCGGCGACUGCAGAAUCACCCUUUCCCUGAAUCUCUGCUGACCGAACAGUUGAUGCUGCAAUGGAAGCGCUUGGCCGUCGCUGACGCCCGGGCUUGCCGCCUUAUACGCCACCCGCGAUCGCUCUGGCGCCGCUUUCUAGAUACUCUGGUCCGCACCGAUCUGAGGCAGCUACAGGCAGACAACGAUCCUAAACCCAGCGCGCCGCCGCCGGUCUGA